CGCUGCUCGUCACACAGCAGCAGCAGCGGCGGCGGUGACGGCAGCCGGGCAGUGAGACACAUGUCACAACAGUCUGUGAACCGAUAAACAUUUACCCUGGGGGGCCGAGAGAAGACACAUAAGCAAAAAUGUCUCGGCACAGAAAUGUUCGAGGUUACAACUACGAUGAAGACUUUGACGACGACGACAUAUAUGGGCAGUCUGUAGACGAUGACUACUGCUGUAUAUCACCAGCAACAGCGAAUCAGUUCAUCUACUCCCGUCAAGAAAGGCAAGCACCAAAAGAGGAGCCUUUAGAAGAGGAGGAAUAUGAAGAUGAGUCUGUACCUAUGUCCCCUACAAUCAACCACGACCUCGACCCUCUUGAUCAAGCCAAGCUGUAUUCCUGCUUGGACCACAUGCGGACUGUGCUGGGAGAUGCAGUGCCAGACUCUGUCCUGACCCAGGCAGCCAUAAGAUGUGGGUUUGACCCACAGAAGGCACUGGAUGCAGUCCUGUCUGAAGACACCAAGACAGCCGCAGUUACCAAAAGUACCAGCGAAGAGACGACUUCCAUAGCAAGAGUUAACCAAGAGAAAGCACCGCUUCCACAAAGAACCAAACAAGAGGCCGUGGCUGAGAAAGCUAAAAGCAGAGAUGUGUCUCACAAUAAACUGGACUCUGAAGUGGUUCCCAAAGUGGCCCGCAUGACCGUCUCUGGCAAGAAGCAGACCAUGGGCUUUGAUGUUCCCAGCACAGGGGAGAACGGUGUGGUGACUGCUUCACUACGCCGGGGUGGCAGCCCUGAAAACGCCACCCCGGCCUCAGACACCACAUCCAAACGCCCUGAGACUCCAUCCAAAGGGUCAAAUGGAGAUGAGCCCUCCACUGUUCCCACUCCAGGCCGCUCCUCUGGAAAGGCCCGGCAGACGAUCAAUAUCAAGGCUGAGCUGGAGAAGAGGCAGGGCGGCAAACCUCUGUUGAAUUUAGUGGUUAUAGGCCAUGUGGAUGCAGGUAAAAGCACACUGAUGGGGCAUCUGCUUUAUCUGCUGGGAAACGUCAACAAGCGCACCAUGCACAAGUACGAGCAGGAGUCAAAGAAGGCCGGAAAAGCUUCCUUCGCCUACGCCUGGGUCCUGGAUGAAACUGGCGAGGAGAGGGACAGGGGUGUGACAAUGGAUGUAGGCAUGACCAAGUUUGAGACAAACUCUAAGGUGGUGACCCUAAUGGAUGCGCCAGGACACAAAGACUUCAUCCCCAACAUGAUCACAGGAGCUGCACAGGCCGACGUGGCGGUGCUUGUGGUGGACGCCAGUCGUGGAGAGUUCGAGGCAGGCUUCGAAGCGGGUGGUCAGACCAGAGAGCAUGCCCUGUUGGUGCGUUCACUUGGUGUCACCCAGCUGGCUGUAGCUGUCAACAAGAUGGACCAGGUGAACUGGCAACAAGAGCGUUUUCAAGAUAUCACUUCCAAACUUGGCCAUUUUCUCAAGCAGGCAGGUUUCAAGGAGUCUGAUGUUUUCUACAUCCCUACCAGCGGCCUGUCAGGAGAGAACCUCACCACCAGGAGUUCAGUGUCACAACUUACCUCUUGGUAUUCUGGUCGCAGCCUGCUUGAGCAGAUUGAUGCCUUCAAAGCCCCUCAGAGGUCUGUAGACAAACCUUUCAGACUGUGCGUCUCAGAUGUGUUCAAAGACCAGGGUUCAGGCUUCUGUGUAACAGGGAAGAUUGAGGCCGGGUAUAUUCAGACUGGAGACAGGAUACUGGCUAUGCCUCCCAAUGAAACCUGCAAUGUCAAAGGUAUAACCCUGCAUGACGAGGCUUUGGACUGGGCUGCAGCAGGAGACCAUGUCAGCCUGACAGUCACCGGCAUGGACAUCAUCAAGAUCAACGUGGGCUGUGUGUUCUGUGAUCCGAAGGAGCCUAUUCGAGCCUGUACUCGAUUCAGAGCCCGAAUCCUUCUCUUCAAUAUCGAGGUCCCCAUCACGCAGGGAUUCCCAGUAUUGCUGCAUUACCAAACAGUCAGUGAGCCGGCCACCAUUAGGAAACUGAUAAGCGUUCUACACAAGAGCAGCGGUGAGGUCCUCAAGAAAAAACCAAAGUGUUUGAGUAAGGGUAUGAAUGCCAUCGUGGAGAUCCAGACCCAGAGGCCGGUGCCAUUAGAACUGUACAAGGACUACAAGGAACUGGGCCGCUUCAUGCUGCGAUAUGUGGGCUCCACCAUUGCUGCGGGGGUUGUCACUGAGAUCAUAAAAUGAAGAGCACAUGGACACAGAGCCAGCCAGGCUUGCUCUGGAGACUGCAUGCAGCCAGAGACGAAGUGCAAUUCCUCAAGAGACUCAGAGCGUCACAUUCAUUCAUCCAUCCAUCCAUCCAUCCAUCUUUCUAUCCAGCACAGCAGCUGCUACACCUGACAGCUCUGAUCAACACUAACUUAACUGCACAGAAAUCCAACCAUGUGAGGCAGGAUGCUGAGCGUCCUUCAAACAGGCACAUUACCCAACUACCCCUACUACACACAUCCUGUCUGACCCUUCGUCAGUUAGUAAAACCCUGUUGCUCUCAACUCACCAUUUGCUAAAGCCAAAUCAAUAACAUAGACAAUCCUAACACGCUGAGAUUUCCACAGUGAUUAAUUUCACUGUACUCUCAUUGAAGGAGCUACGGAUUAUUUAUCUUGGCUGAAAAAGAAAGAAUCCUGGUGGAGCAACCAGUGCAGAUAGUUUAACUGGAGCUGUUAAUAUAAAACCAUUUGCUUUUUGCUGUUAACAUAUGGCUGGGAUUUACUAACAUUUUCCAUAAUAAGGCUGUCUUAUUCAAAACCGCUGACCUGAAAUUACAAAAUUUUAAAUUUAGACAGAAACGAAAGAAUGCACGAGUUAAAGGCAAAACCUUUUAUAGUGUUUUAUUUUUACUUUAAGAAUGUUUGCAUCUCAGAUUACAUAGCUAAGGGGGCAAGGUCCACUCUAACCAGGGUAGAGUAGUUUGUGAACAAAAAAGGGAAGCUCAAAUGUUAAAAACGCCUCCCUCUGGAUAAAGAGACAGAAUUCUCGUUUAUGUUAACAAAUGAUACUUGAAAUGCUUCUACAGUAAAGCACCGGAAUUUGUUUGAAGUGCCGAUCUGUGUUUAUUUUUUUUCUAUCAAAGACUCAGCUAAGUGGAGGAGCUGUGUUUCUGUUUCUCCAUGUGUAAAUUCUGACAUGUUGGUUGAAGAUGGUGUGAAGGAAGAUGGCACAAAAAUGAACAUGACAUCAGCAA